ACUCUCUCUCCCUCUUUUUCUCUUUCUCCCCUCCCUCCGUCCCUCCUCCCCCCACCCCCUUCUUCUCGCUGGGUGCCAGAGCUCCAGUGUGAGCGAGCUCCAGUUCCAGCUGGCCUCCCCACUGCGCUACUCGUAUGGCGGACUCUCCUCUUAACAACUCCUGGCCCUCCUUCUCCAAACUCUGGUUGAAGAGAUGGUCCUUCAAGAGAGCAUCAGAGUGCAAGCCAUGUCAGUCCUGUGGGCCUCCCAGUGCCCAGAUUUGUGUCCAGCCUCAUGCUCUCAGCGAGACAGGAUCUUCCUCCUCACUAUCCCCUGCCUCUAUCACUGAGGAUGGCUUCUUUGGUAGCACCAAUAAAGACCAGGAUGCGUGUUCAGUAGUCAGUGACUACGACUGCCCCUGUGUGGAGGUGAGCAGCAGUGUGGAGGACCUACUGGGCCUCAGCUCUUCUCUCAGAGACUCGGAGUACUUUAAAGACCUGCAGGGAGAGAUAGCGCCUUCCACAGUAACUACAGUCCCAGAGAGCAAAACCCUAAAUGUUGGCCUACAGGUGUCCCUAAACACAGACAGUCCUGCCAUCAACCAGCUUGCACAGACUUGCACACUCUCCCCUCAGGACAAUGCGCUAUCUUCCCCCUAUUAUAUACAUCCUGCAGAAGAACUUCAUCAAAACUUUGUGGUCACUCAGCUAAGUCCGAAGUUAUUGCCAGGUUGUACCUUUGAUCGCAGUGACUCCUCAGGCCCUGCAGUAGGGCUUAGCUUGACAAUUGAUCUGAAUGGACUGUUGGAGUCAAUGGAAACAGCAAAAGGAAUAACAGGACCAGAGGAAGUAAAGGAGCAACCCACUAUGGAUUUUGAUGGAGAGUCAGACCUGGACAGCGUUCCUAUCUUAGUCAGAUCCAUGUCAACGUCUCGGAGGCACAGCUGGGGUGUCCCUGUGUCCCCCAUCAACCUGGGGAGGAGACUGAGUCUGGAUGCCAUGGCCACGGACAGCGAUGGAGAGAGAGAGGAUGAUGAGGAGGGACAGAAAUGUCUCUUCCAGUCGACCCAGCAGACCUACAGCUGCGCAGCAUGUCCUGGAGAGGAGACAGAUGACUCCAGGCUGACGGUCCCCCGUCCAAGAGCCAGGGUCACUAGCAUGGCUGGUGGUGCAAGGCAUCUGUACUCCCGCUCAGAGAUCCUCGCCACAGACGAAUAUUCCCGUGCUGCACACAUUUCUUGUGUUGUGCAGACAUCCAAACAGGCCGCAAGGGCAGCAGGAGCAGAGGAGUUUGACCCUGAAGAAAACUUGCAUUCUACUGAAGGACAUAUGCUGAUGGUACAGAAAGUUCUGCAGGAGCUAAAGCUGUACCAUGGAGCGAAGCAGAGGAACAACAGAACAGACAACAAAGUUUCAGGAAAUGUCACUUGGUACGAGUUCCUCAAUAAUGAGAAUGAUGAAGAGGAGGAUCGUACAGAGAAGGUGGAGAAAGGCACCAAGGUGAAGAGGACUCUAAGCUCUCUAAGGAACAGGGUGACAGGCUCCUUCAAUAAAGAUAAGGGUAAGAACCGAGAAAAAGAGCAGCAGAGAGAGAGGGGGAAGGAGAAGGAGCGGGAGGCAAAAGAGAAAGUGUGUGACAGCAGAAGCAGCAACAGUCAUUAUUUGAUGCCAUGCGCUUUCUCCAGCUGUGCCACCUGCUCACUGUGCAGCAAGACCCUGCAGAGAAAGCAUGGCCUGCAGUGCAUGAAUUGUGCUGUGAACGUUCACAAGAGCUGCAAGUCUCUGCUGGGUGAGUGCACCAGCAGCAGGAAUAAGAGAGAUUUUCCACCGAGGACUUCAGGAUCUCCUAAUCUUGCGCUAAAAGACCGGGACAGACAGCGGGAGCAUUUGGGCCCAGCCUCAUCACAGGCCCUGGAUGGCCACCCAGGUUUUCACAGCACCCCAGGCAUGACCAUAAGUCCGUCGGGACCUAGCACUCAGUACACCAGCUCCACCACAGCCUCCAGCCUUGGCCACAGCCUCCGUCACCGCAACAGCUUAGGAUCCCUCCCUGGGGAGAUGGAUGAGACGGAUGCUCUCCGCUCCAAACGCUGCAACGAAGACGCCAUUUCCCUUGCUCCCUCCACCGCCGAGUCCAUCAUCGUUGAAGAUGCUCACUAUGCAGCAGUGCGGGCUGAUCUGGAGUCUGAUGCCCAGGACCUGGAGGCAGAGUCAUGGAGUUUGGCAGUUGACCAGCAGUUUGUCAAGAAGCACUCUAAAGAAAUGGUGAAGAGACAGGAUGUGAUAUAUGAGCUGAUGCAGACGGAGAUGCAUCAUGUGCGAACACUGAAGAUAAUGUUGCGUGUGUACGUCCGUGAGUUGAAGGAGAACCUCCAGAUGGACUCAGGCAAGCUGGACUGCCUGUUCCCCCGCUUGGAAAACCUCCUCGAGCUUCACACACAUUUCCUGUCUCGUCUCAAAGAGCGACAGCGAGAAAACCUUGUUUCGCCCAACGACAGGAACUACGCAAUCAACAGAUUGUCAGACAUUCUGAUCACACAGUUCUCAGGUGAAAUAGGAGAGAGGAUGAAGGACAGCUAUGGAGAUUUCUGCAGUCACCACACGGAGGCUGUCAGCUACUACAAAGAACAGCUGCAAAACAACAAAAAGUUCCAAAACAUCAUACGGAGAAUCAACAACCUGUCCAUUGUGCGGAGGUUAGGAGUAACUGAGUGUAUUCUGUUGGUGACGCAGCGCAUUACCAAGUACCCAGUACUAGUGGAGCGCAUUGUGCAAAACACUGAAGCGGGUUCAGAGGAGCAUGAGAAUCUGACUCGGGCGCUGGGUCUUAUUAAAGACACCAUCGUUCAGGUUGACACGCUAGUUAAUCUCCAUGAAAAGAACUCUCGACUCCGAGAAAUACACAACAAGAUGGAGCCAAAGGCACUGGGAAAAAUCAAAGAUAGCCUAGUGUUUCGCAGGGAGGACCUGGUGCAGGGCAGGAGACGACUGCUGCAUGAGGGCACAGUCAACUGGAAAGCUGCUUCUGGCAGGCUCAAAGAUAUUCUUGCAGUGCUCCUGUCAGAUGUGUUGCUCUUGCUACAAGAGAAGGAUCAACGAUAUGUGUUUGCUACAGUGGAUAACAAGCCGUCAGUGAUCUCUCUUCAGAAGCUGAUUGUCAGGGAAGUGGCCCAUGAGGAGAAAGCCAUGUUUCUUAUUUGUGCCUCGUCCAAUGAGCCAGAGAUGUACGAGAUCCACACCAACUCCAAGGAGGAGCGAAACACUUGGAUGGCACAAAUACGGCAAACUGUUGAGAGUUGUCCUCAUACAGAAGAGAAGCUGUUCAGUGAGGAGGAAGAGGCCCGAGCUUUCAGGCUCAAAGAAUUUCAAGAACGGCUGAGACAGAAGGAUGCAGUGGUCAUCCAGGCUCUUACUGAGAAGCUGCAGCUGUUUGCGGACAUGGCAGAGUCUGUGGCAGGUCUAGAGGACACAGCUUCACGUUCCAGACUUCUGCUUCGAGGAGACGCCUCAGACCUCCAGCAGGGGGAGUCCCUGCUUAAAGGAGCUAUCAUUGAGGUGGAGAAUCUGCAGAACCUACUGCAGUCUGGAGUGAGGGACGAGGCUCCAACCUCACGGCUGGAGGAAGGAAACGGCUCUGGGGUUCUGCCCAGGCGAGCAGAUACCUUUGGGGGCUAUGACAGCAGCCCCACCAUCCUCAGUAAGAAUGGCAGUGUGAAGAAGAACUUUUCUGGCGAGUGUAGAAACCGAGACAGAAGCCAGAGAGCCAGCUCUGACCCUCAGCUCAAAGACCUCUGUGGGAGCCACACCCUGGAGCAGACGGUUGAUGAGAGCUGCUGCUCUCCUGCCAGAUGGAACCGCAUCUGGUCCACCUCCUUCCCCGAGGCUGAGUUCUUUGACAGAGUGCUGAUGCUCUCCCAAAGGCUCUAUAGUCUACAGGCCAUCAUAUCACAGCAGGACAGUCACAUUGAGCUGCAGCGGGCCUCGUUGACGGAGCGGGCCUCCCUGCCCGGCCGCCACAGAGGUAACGUGCUCUUGGAGCAGGAGAAACAGCGGACUCUGGCCCUGCAGAGAGAAGAGCUGGCCAGCUUCCACAAGCUGCAGUCUCAGCACCGACAGGAGCAGCAGCGCUGGGAGAAGGAGAGGGAGAGGCACCGGCAGCAAGUCGAGGCCACUGAAGCCAGGCUCCGACAAAGGGAGGAGGAGUGUAGACGGCUGGAGGGGCAUUUGAUAGAAGAGAGGAAGGAGCUGGAGAGUCAGAGGGAGACGUACCAGCAGGAUCUGGAGAGGCUAAGAGAGUCCACCAGAGCUGUGGAGAAAGAAAAGGAACGCCUGGAGCAUCAGAAGAAGAUCAAGAGGAAGACUAUUGAGGUGGCUCCUCUGUCUGGCAGUCUGAACGGGGAGCUCCUCAUGUCCUCUGCCCUCAACACCUCCCCCAGUGUCUCGGACCUGCCCCUCCCUCAGAAGCCCCUGGUGCGUGCCAGCCUGUCUGUUGCACCAGCCGACUAUCAAGAGCGCCCUGAAGUGAUGUUGCGGCGGGAGGCGAGCUCUUCCACCCUGCCGCUGAAGACGGAGGUGCCCCUUCAUCUCUUCAGCACCACCAACCAGCAGCACAAACUGGUGGGGGUGCAGCAGCAGAUCCCCACAAAGCUGGCCGCCUUUAGCAGCGGCAAAGGGAAAGGAGGCAAGAUUGGCAAAGUCUCACAUCGCACUGACAGCACUGCCUCGGUGGAUAUGAAACAGAUGCUGAAGCUGUCUGCCCGAGACGACAACCCCCUCAAGGCCAAGCGUUCCAUCAGCCCCCACCAGCAGCUCCCGCUGUCAGCCCCUCCUCAGUCUCUUCCCCUGCAUCACCACGCCGAUCAACUCAGUCCUCCAGACAAUGCUGGGCCAGACACCCAGCCCACCUCCUCCAUCAGCAUCUCCCACCCUUCAAAUGUUCAGAAGCCCCCCAUGCCUCCUGCACAGUCCCAUCCUCAGCCCUCCAUCCAGCCUCCAACCAUCCCUCCCCACUCACAGAGCACCGGCUCCCUCCAGUUCCAGCCCCAUCUGCAGCCGCAGGGCCUCAGUCCGAACACCCAGGCCCACGUCCAGGUAAAUGUUCACGGGCUCACCCACAGCCACAGCAUGCCGCCACCUUACAAGAUUGCCACGGAAGACCUCAAUAAGGAGGACGUCAUCUUCUUCUAAAGUCCAGUCUGCUGCCCCCAGAUCAACCACUGUUUGCAACAACAACAAAAAAGAGAAGAAUUAUGGGAUGGUUGGUGGUCCCAAAUCAACCACGUGUCCCAUUCCAAGCAGCCACUUGCAUGCGAUAAUGUGAUGUUGAUGGUGUGUUUAGUGUGGGCAGGUGUAGUGUUAUUGAGGAUUGAUAAGGUACGAUGGUUUAAAUAUCUGUACAAAGGUACAGCAAUCCAUAACAGAGCAGAGCCUUUGUCAGCACUUCAGUGGCUCAUGAAGAAGAAAAAAAAUGUUAUUCAAGAAUGAUGACAUUUCUAUUUUAACACUGCUACUCCAUCUUUGUUUUUAAGAUGCCACAGUUUCUUUUUUAUUUAAUUUUUAGUUUCUUAACUCAAGAGGACGACAAUUAUGAGGAGACCUUUGGCAAAGCAAAGGCUUCUUGUCACGUGUAUAAAAAGGUUAAAAUGAAGUUAAAAUAAUCCAAAGACGUUAGCCACGAGAGCUGAAGGGGAUUUCACUAUGUGAAAGAAAACCGGUCGGUCAGGCUGGUUAGUGAAGCAUGAAAAAGUGAAAGGUGCUGCGAUGGCGCCCUGGCCUUAACCAUCUGCUUCUACUGGACCUAGAACCACAAGGACUGAUUUAACAGGAACUAUCCAACUCUUAAUACAGGAACACUUUCAUUUGCACAGUGUAAAUACUCAAUUCCAGACUAAUGAGUGAACUUUUACGGACUUAAUGUGAAUUGUUUGGGUGUACAGUUGUCAAAAUUGUGAAGGUUCAUUUCAUUUUGUUGUUGUUCUUAACCAUGCUUAUUACAGAAGGCUGAACUGUGGAAUACAGUAUACGUUUAGUGUGUUGCCACUGGUUGUGAAUCCUAAAAGAUUUUUUUUCAUGCUGUUGUGUAAUGAUGCUUCAUUUCAAUUAAGGGAGAGUUCAGCUUGUAGCAAAUUCUACUGUUUUUUCAAAUCAUGCAGAGUGAGACAAACUCAGGGAUGCCUUUAUGAUGUCUGUACAGUUUGAUGUUAUGUGAGAUUGGUCUACUUUAAGCCUUUAUUGCAUUUCUUAGCUGUAGCUCUUCUCAAACGUGGGUUUUACAAUGAACUCAUGUACUUUUUCUUCCAUAAUUAAUUUUUUUAAACCCCAUUUCACAAGAACAUUAAGUUGCAUUUUUGUUUCUGCCACCAUGGUUGUAAGCUCUAACAGCAAGUGGGUUAGCUAAUUGAUGAAAGAUCCCUCCUUUAAUACAGACAUUUGUACAUUUUAUUAUGCAUUUUAAUUAGCCUUCAAGUCUAAAAGUAUACAUUUUCCAGACUUUUGGCAGAGUUGCUGUUGACCCUGUAGACAUCCAGGAAACUAAAUGUUGCAUCAUUCAGAAUACUGUACCCUGUAAACAUCAAAAAGGCCUUGCUGAGUUUGUUACCUUGCACAAAAAAUAUCCCUUUAAGAGAAACAUCUUUGAUAAACGCAUCUGUUGCCAUUUUAGUGGAACCGGAGUUUACUGUACAAUUCAUGACAUUUUAUACUGCAUGUUGUUUUAAGGGCAAAAUUAACUUUUUAACUGCUUUGGCAGAGAACAGAGAAAUUGUGGGGUAAUAGGCUCCAUCAUCAUACUAAUAGAAAAUGUAAAGGAAAGCCUCUGUGUUAUUCUCAAAUGUAAACCGCUAAGAUUAACAGAUAAGUCAGAUAAUGACAGAAAGCCUAAAUGUGCAUACUGGAGCACGGUGUUGACACUGUUUUAUAUCUCUCAGUCUUAGUUAUUCUGAAGUGGCUUUACUCAUAUGGUGCAUCAUAUUCCUAAUACACAUUCUUCCUCAUACAGUAUGAACAUGUAAUGAGUCUUCUAGAGACUCGCAGGACACGUGGCCAGAAAAUUGAGGCAAAGUAAAGUUUAUGGAUUCGGUCCUAAUUUUUCAAGAAGUCAAAAAAAAAAAAAAUGAAGUGUUCGUGUGAUUGACAAGAUAUGUUUUUGAAAGCUGUGCCUGACAGAAAAGCAGUACUGUGAUCGGGUGCAGGGGUCCGGCAGCAAAAACAACUAUCAGCUAAAAUUUCAGUCUUUAUCUUUCUUCACAGAAGAAAUAUGGAGAUGUCCAUAUUCAUGUUCUUUCCCUGUAUAUAUGUGACAAACCUUUGAAUCAUGAAGUACUCUCUGGAGGGGAAAGAUGUCUGAAGAGCUUUUUGUCCUAGUCCAAGUAAGCUUGUCUCUGAGCUGUGAUCGCUAGCUGCAGUUUGAGCAGAGUAUGUAUAUUAUGUAUAUUGUUGUACAUACUGUAUGUGUUAUCUUCUGCACCGGCUGCCCUCUUACACAUUCUUGUAUUCGAAACAGAUAUUUGAUGUGCAUCGAGAUGCAAAAGUCAGCCAAAAGUCUGUUUGUGCAUAUGUGAACAUAUACUUAAAAUACACACAUACAGUGUGUGUACAAUACGGUACGCCUUGCUUGGAUAGACUCGUGGCAGUUUAAUUAAAACCACAAUCGGUCAUUGCUGUUGUUUUUAAAUGAACUGAAAAUGAAGGUGUGCAUAUUUAAUCUCCUGAUGUGUGUUGAUGUUGUAGCAUUGAAGUUGAGGUGCACUGUGUCUGUCGUCUUUCACCAAGAUUAUGUAGCAGUUGUAAAAACGAAAUCAUCUGCUUGUUUCAGUUGGUUAAACCAAAGACACAUUCGGCUGACUGAGUUCCUGUCUGUGCUCUUGUAUGAAGGAUAAACGACACUGCGCUCGUUGUGUGGUCGUCCACAAAGUCUUACUACUUGUACUAAAGCAUGUGUUUACAGCACAUUGCAGUCCAGCUCGUAUCCUGCUUCAGGUCUCAUUUUGGGGUUUUCUUUUUUUUUUUGUUUUCCAUCCUCAUGUCCAGAUCACAAAUAUCUCUUUAUACACAUAUAAUUACUUUAAAACCAGAGCACACAAACAAUAAAUCAAAUGGGGUGUUGAAGUUCCCCAGUAUUCUAGCAUACUAUAGCAUCUGACAUUUUCAUUAUCAGGAUAUGAGCUCAUCUGAUACAGUUGUAGAAGAUAUUGCAUUUACUGUAUAUACACCAUCUCUUAAACACCACAACAAUGUGAUAUCAAUGUGCCUGUGAACAUACUUGGUAUAACCAAUAAAUAUACCAAUCAAUAAAAA